AUGGAUUUCAUAAGUAAAGUGUUUCGAUUUACUUGUUUUUUACACUUAUUUCAAAUUCGCAUAGACAAAGUGUAUUCGUUAAUGCCAAAAAAUAAUUAUUCUUCCUAUUUGCUCAUUAAUAAAUCCUCCAACAAUCGCACCUGUAAAAUACAUAAUAAGUUGUCAAAUAAACAUUUGAAUAAAAAUUCAAUCAUUGGAAUUGAUAGAAAAAGUCUAUUAACAAUAAAUCCUGGAAAUUUGAGUGUAGAAGGCUACAAUGAUUCCACAGUUGUGUAUUUUACAAACCUACUGAAAAACAAGUUAAAAAGGAAGAGAAUGGAUUAUUUAAAUUACUCAGAUCACUGUAAAAACAUUAAGGAUCAAAUAGUUGAUAGUUAUUCUAAGUCCCUAAUGGAACACAUUUCAAAUAAAUUCCCAAACCAGUCUCUAUUAUUGGAAAAGGGUAACAGGAAUGUGGACUUAUCGAGCAGUUUAAGCCAAGAAAGGCAAAGGGACGACUAUUUAGGCGAAUCGAGGUCAGAAGAAACCAAGUUGGAGGAUCAUAUUAAAGUGUUGGACGUCACCUCGGAAGUAAACAACUUGGGUAAAUUGUAUGAAAGCUCCAUUUUCGGAAGCGCUUUAGUAUAUUUGGAGAUGACGAGUAGGAAUAGCAAAUCAGUAUUUGCCUCGGUAUUAAGUUCGGCUGAUAGGGAGAAAAGACUGAAAGUAUUGUUUGAUCUGCUGAGUUAUGCAGAAGCGGUGGUUUUUGGCCUAUUUAAAACGAACGUGAAUAACUUAAAGUUCAUGUACAUUAAUGAGUUUUUUAACUAUGUGAAGAGUCAUAGAAAUGAAUCCGAUAUUAGUAAGGAGUAUUCGCGCAUACUGAGUUCAUAUAAAACAAAUUUGAACAACCUAAUACCGAUUUAUUUCAAAAGUAAGGUCACAAACAAUGUUAAGGAGGGGCCGUUUACCAAUAAUCUGAAGCACAUGUUGAAUGAAGUGAUAAAGCUGAAGCUGUUGGAAAGUAGCGACCUGGUUAUGGCAGAGAAGGUAUUGAAGGGAAGAGCAAGCUUGACCAAAAACUGGAACGUAGUCGGCGAAGUUAACGAGUUCAAAGUGGUUUUGGACAACAUAAAUACGCUGGUCAGUAAGAUUAGGUCAGAGACGGAUAAGAAAACAAAAAACACGGACAAUUUGAUGGAAGUAAUAUCGAGCCAACAACACAAAAUAAAAGAGUACAACAAGCUGCUACAAAGUGAGAAGGGCACCUGCAACUUGGCGUUUACAUACAGAAUACCGGGGACGAAUCUGACGAUAUCGUCAUCGCUAUUCAGUGGGAAAAACAACAUUCAACUGGCCUGUAUACCAGACCACUAUGCACAUUUCCUGGGACCAGAUGGGUUCGUUAAGUCGCUGCCGUGCGGAUUCCUUGGAAUGGACCUCAACAUAACAUUUUAA